AUGAGUGGUGAUAGGUUUGAGCAUGUUAUCCAUCAUGGCGGUGGGUUUGGUGAGUUUAACAGAUAUGGUUACAAUGGUUUAGAGGAGAUUUGGCAUGUUGACCCGAAUUUUUGGAGUUAUUUUGAGAUUCUAUGUGGCUUGAAAGAUUUAGGGUACCCAAAAGUUGAGCGUUUGUGGUAUUAUGAUGCAAUGGAUGAUAAUGAGCUAGUGAUGUUGCAAGAUGAUGCAGGAACAAAUAGAAUGAAGACCAUUGCUCUGAUCAAUGGGAAUGUUCAUCUCUAUGUGAUGCAUCUAGUGUAUGGGGAAGAGAAAAUAUUGCCUCUUGAGAAUAAUGUAGGUCCAAAUGGUGAAAACAACGUAGGUCCAAAUGUUGAAAAUAAUGUAGGUCCAAAUGAUGUAGAAGACGACAGUUUGGAAGAUGACAUAUUGGAUGAAUUGAAUAAUGGUGUAAAAGGAACUUUUGAUUACAUGGGGACCAUUGAAGAAUUGGAUAAUAUAGGUGACAAUUUUAAAGAAGGAGGGCCCGUAAGAUUUGAAGAUUCAGCUGCAAUUGACCAAGAAGCUUCAUUUGAGGAUGUUAAUAUGGAUGGGACCAAUGACGGCAGUAACCAAAAAGAGUCAUAUCAGGAUGUUAACUUUGAGGGGGGACAUUGUGUCUGA